AUGGGCUCCUACAACACCCUAUCACAUUUCCAACGCUUGCUCUCUUUCACCAAGCAAUUGACUUCCCACGUCAACCAAGGCAGCCAUGACAAAGCCCUCACUCUCUUCCACCACAUACAAGCCUCCCUUGCUCUCCCUCUCGACGCCCACGUCUUCUCCCUCAUCCUCAAGUCCUGCUCCUCCCUCCGCCGCCCCCAACUCGGCGCCGCCGUCCACGCCCACGUCACCAAGUCGUCAUUCCUCCCAAACCCUUAUGUGGCUUCCGCUCUAGUCGACAUGUACGGCAAAUGCGUCUCGGUUUGGACCGCACGUCACUUGUUCGAUGAAAUUCCUCACAGAAAUGUUGUUGUCUGGAACGCCAUGAUUUCGGUGUAUACACGCAAUGCUGACGUUGCUGAGGCUUUGAGGUUGUUUGAGGCUAUGGAUAUUGAGCCUGAUGUGGGGACUUAUAACACUAUUAUGGCCGGAAUGUCUGCGAUGGACGAUGGGUCGUUUCGAGCUGUGGAGGUGUAUAGGAAGAUGUGCGAAAGAGGGUGGAAGCCGGAUUUGAUCACAUUGCUUGCUCUGUUACGUGCUUGUGUUGGUGUAGCAGCUUUUAGGUUUGUUAAAGAAAUUCAUGGCUAUGAUGUAAGGAAUGGGAUUGACUCGCGUUCGCAGCUGAGUAGUGGAUUAGUAGAGGCCUACGGGCGCUGUGGUUGUGUCGAAAAUGCGCAUAGUGUGUUCUGGGGGUUGAAGGAAAAAGAUGUGGUUGCGUGGAGCAGUUUGAUAUCAGUGUAUGCGGUUCAUGGAGAGGCGAGAGCUGCGUUUGAUGUUUUUAGAGAAAUGGAGUGGGCGAAUGUUGUGCCUGAUGAGAUUACUUUUCUUGCGGUGUUGAAAGCGUGUAGCCAUGCCGAAGGAUUAGCUGAUGAAGCACUGAGUUAUUUUGAUUGUAUGCGUAGAUAUGGCUUGCGAGCCAACAGUGAUCACUAUUCUUGUUUAGUGGAUGUGUUGAGCAGAGCAGGGAGGUUACGCGAGGCGUACGAGGUCAUAAGGAAAAUGCCAGUGAAGGUUACUGCUAGAGCUUGGGGUGCUCUUCUUUCGGGGUGUAGAACUUACGGAAACCUGGAGCUUGCGGAGAUAGCAGGGAGAGCUCUGUCUGAACUUGAGCCUGAUAAUCCUUCCCAUUAUUUGUUGUUGUCGACGAUUUAUGUUAGCUUAGGACGGCACGAUGAAGCUCAUAGAAUGAGAAGGGAAAUGAGGCACAAAGGUGUUAAGGCAACGGUUGGAAGUAGUUGGAUGGUUCAAGAGUGA